AAGCACUCAGCAUUUUUUCGUUUUGGCAGUCAUAUUUGCGCUUAGUGCGAAUCGUUAUCGCUGCUCUUAUAAUCUCUUCUCUAUCUUCUUCAAUUAAUAGUCAAGAUGAAGCUACUCACUCUCGUUUUGGUCUUAUCUUGCGUCGUUGCAUACAUCACCGAAAUAUCUGGUACUCCGCAAUUGUUACUCUCUGACAACAAAAAACUUGAAGAGGAUCUUCAGAGCCCUGCCAAGAAAGUGAGCACAAAUAAUAAUGAAAUUAACGGUACUCCGCAAUUGCCAUUCUUUGGCAUUUUACAAAAUUUUUGGAACAAGAUCAAGAAGGACCUUCAGGGCUCUGACAUGAAAGUAAGUGCGAAUAAUAAUGAUAACAACGGUACUCCGCAAUUGCCAUUCUCUUUCCAAAAUUAUUUGAACAAGAUCAAGGAAUUCCAGAAAAGGAUCACCAAUCAGGGCGAAAAUAACGAUCGCGGAUCUGAGCCGCCUAAUGUCGACAAUGGGAUGAAUUCCGAUCUCCCGCCGCUAUACAGCUCCUUUCGCUGGAAAAGGGAAGCGGAUAAUAGCGAUUCCGGAUCUGAAUCGCAACCGAAUGUCAACAAUGAGGAUGAGGAUAACGACUUCGAUAUAAACAACUUUCGCUGGAAAAGGGAAGCGGAUAUAAAGCCACUUUUCGGAGCUCAAGUUCAGAUGAAUUUACCGAGUCUUUCCGAACAGUUCAAGAAUCUUCUCGAACGGCACAGGAGACUUUCGGGACAGUACGGGACAAUGAUGAAUUACAUUCGAAAUGGUUGUAGAGUAGAAACGACCACGGCUACUACUGCAGCUUUUGAUAACAUUCGAGAUGUGACUGGUCAUAGAAUAGAAACGACCACUUCGAAGAUCUCACCGAAAGCUAUCGAAGAUCUCACCCAAGGCUUUCGCUGGAGAAGGGAAGCCGAAAAUUGAAGAGAUCAAGAAUAAAAUAACUGAGACAAACUAUUAUGCAAAAGUUUUUAGUCUUUUAUCGCACGUUUUCGCAUUAGAUCCAUGAUAUAUGUAAUAAUAUUUAGUUAUCUAAAUAUUUAUCCUUGUUUUAUGUGAUUUUCUGCCAUUACUCUAAUAAAUUCCUUUACGAAAAAAA